UUUCGGAUCUGAUCUGCGACUCCCUGCUGAUCUUAAGUUUGGUACGAAUCCUACAGCUGUAAGAAAUGAUGGAGAUUAUUGUUCUGCCUUAAAGGAAGAAAUGAAUGAAUUGCAUCUAAUGGUAAGACAGCAUACGCAUCUGAUGAGCAAUAAGAUGAAGGACCGGUUCGAUCAAGCGGCAAAUUCAAAAGGUUUUGAAGAAGGUGAUCUGGUCCUGUUGUACAAUCCACUUCGAAAGAAAGGCUUGUCCCCGAAAUUGCAGACAGCCUGGGAAGGACCCUAUAUGGUGAUGAAACGACUUAAUGACGUGGUAUACCGCAUACAAAGACAUGGGAAAGCACGAUGUAAAAUGAAAGUAGUACAUUUGGAGAGGCUCGCCCCAUUUGGUUCAAGAGGAUUCGUGCCUAAUCGGGACGAUUAGGCUUUAGUGGAGGGCAGUGUUACAAAAAGUAGUAUUAAGUUGUAUUUGUAUUACUAUAUGCAUCCCUGAUUAUGAACAAUAGCUGUAGGUAUAUGGAAUAGCAUUUGUCUUGUUGUAGACAUCUGGCGCCACGGCUGUCUGCUUGUCGAAACAAUAGACAUCUGGCGCCGCACUGUCUGCUUGUCUAGUUAAACAAUUGCUGAGUCGGGCGCCGCGACUGUCUGCUUGCGUCUGGCGCCGUAUAGCCGUAUGUUCUGGUAAUUUCCAGACGCGAUAUUCUAGAAGGACACGUCGGCAUCAGCGAGAAGUGCGUGGCUAUAGCCGUAUGUUCUGGUAAUUUCCAGACGCGAUAUUCUAGAAGGACACGUCGGCAUCAGCGAGAAGUGCGUGGCUAUAUAAGCCGUGGCAGCGCCAACGUAAUCAAUCAGUGCUAAGAGUAAACUGCUAUAGUGUAGACGAGUUGUGAAAUAAAGAGUUGUUGAAUUAAAUUAAACAGUGUUGAUUUUAUUUGUCAAUCCAGAGAUACGAACCUAACAAAGUAAACUAGCAAGAGUAAAUUCGUAACAAUAUAUAUAUACAAUAAUUUUAUAUGUUCCUAGGCGUACAAAAACGGAGAGAACAAUUCAGGAGCAGCUGCAACAUUACAUAAUGUUUUGCAAGCAGCAUCCUGAGUUGCAACGCGGGAAGCUAACUCCGCCCAACCCUCAAGGGCUGCAAAUACUUUGGUCGGAGUUAGCAGACAAUUUAAAUGCCUUAAGAGGCCCAACCCGGUCGGCAGCCAAGUGGAAGGAGUCAUUAAUGCAUUGGAAACACCAGUUGCGAUCGCGAGCGCGCAAACUGAAAACACAUGCGCAAGCGACUGGUGGAGGCCCUCCGAUAAGUGGAAUGACUCCAUUCGAGGAGCAAGCCAUAACAACAUUUGGGGCAGCAGCGGUAGAUGGAUUGCCGGGUGUUGCGACUUUGGGUCAUCAGGUUUUGCCGUUGUAUAUAAAUACACUUGAAGCUCCAGCUUCCUCGCCAACACCAACAGUCACUUCGCCUGCUCCAGCACCCUCACCAACAGUCGCAUCGCCUGCUCCAGCACCCUCACUAGCAGUCGCAUCGCCUGUUCCAGCAUCUUCACUAGCAGUCACAUCGCCUGCUCAAGCUUUUCCUGCUUUAUCAAACAAUUUUUCUUCCUCGCCAUCACCUCAUUUUUCUUCUUCACCAUCACCUCCAUCUUCUUCCUUAUCUCCUCCCAUAUUAUCUUCUUCUAUGCCGUCGCCUUCUUAUAUCCCUCCCGAAAAAUUGACUGCAGCGAAGAUGCUUGGAACAGUGCUGAAAAAAAUGGAGGACAGAGAAAAGCGAGAGGAGGAGGCCAUUGCUCUACAAAGGCAAAUUGUAGAGCAAAAUGCGCAGAUGACAGGGGUGCUGACUCAAAUGACACAGGCACUAACCUCGCUGUCAGAGGUUAUGGCUAAGUUGUCCCAAAAAUUGGAUAAAUAAUAAUAAAAAUGUAAAAAAUGAAAUAGAAAUGUAAAAAAUGAAAUGAAAAUGUAAAAAAUGAAAUAGAAAUGUAAAAAAUGAAAUAGAAAUGUAAAAAAUGAAAUAGAAAUGUAAAAAAUGAAAUAAAAAUG